GGCAUCACGUCACUCAGCAGAAACGGGAAUGCAGCCGCGCAGCAGGUGUUAUGGAUCGACAGUAUUUCCUGUGCUGGAAAGUUGCCCUGCUGCUUCUCCUGUUGCCAUGUGGGCUCCAGUGUAUGUCGGUGCACAUCCUCAACGAGGAGCCUGUGCAUGUAAUGCCAGACUCCAGCCUGGUUCUGAAAGCCCAGAUCGAGCACGGACCCCUGGAAGAGGUCUCCGUGGUAACCUGGGAACGGGAGCCCGAAACUGGAAUCGCCCCCGAAAGAGUGACGCUGGCUAGCUGCCCUGGCACAGGCCUCCAGUGUGCUGGUACGAGGCCAAAUGUCCAGGUGACCGUGGAGCAGCAGGAGACGACACUUCAGGUGAAUGGAUACAGCGGAGCGGAAAGCGGCGUGUACGCCGUGACUGUGACGGAUCACAGAGGGGCCAAGACCACUGCACACUGCAUCGUCAGGAACUAUGAGGCAGUGCACCACGUCUCAGUCAGCGUCAACGUGUCUCACUCCUCGCUGGUUUGUGGCGAGGCCUGGGGGACGGAGCCUCGCUUCAGCUGGUUCCAUGAGAGAGUCGCCAUCACCAACACUGUGGGGAGAGUCUCCAGAGAUGGAACGACAUUGUUUGUGACCAAGACUCCUAUCUGCGGCCACUUCACCUGCACGGUCAGCAACAAGCUGGGCCACAGCUCUGCCACCUACACUGCAGCACCUUGCGGGACAGAGGGCAGAAAGACAACAGCAGCUGUAUUGUGUCCCGUCCUCCUGCUGCUGCUGUUUGGAGGAGUGCUGGCGUUUCUGCUGUGGAGGCGACACAGGCACAGUAACAGAGGAGAGAGGCUGCACGAACAUUUGGAUGACACCAUCUAAAAAAAAAAAAAAACCUUAAAAAAAGACCCGAGAUACAAAAGAGGAAAAACGGCAAAAUGAACUGGAUUGUGAGACUGGAACUUCCUGUCCUGUGAGCAGUAUGACCUUACACUGCAUUGCAACAAUGUGGCGAGUGAACUGCGUGCUGGCAAGUGAAAGAUAUCUGAAAAUGGAUAUUCAGCUUGAAGUGCCAGCAAUGUCUUUACACUGCCUCCUGCUGGGCUGCACCUGACACUGUGUAUUUGAUAAAGUAACCAGGUUUGUAAACUUGAAUCAGCUGUACAAUGUAUUGAAAUGUACCUUCUAAUGAUGCCUUCAUAAUAAAAUCCCUUUACGGUAUGUGACGAAUCUCAGUGAUUUACUCGUUAUUUAAAUCA